GACAGAUCACAGUAGGAGAACAACCAGCACCUUCCACAGAAAGCUGCACAUGACAAAAGAUCUAAGAUGUUUGUUCUGUUUCUGCUGGGCACAGUCUUUCUGCUCUGCCCAUAUUGGGGUAAUCUUCAAGACACUCUAAAAGAGACUGAAAUAAUGUGUUAUAAAUGUAGAAAAUAUCAUCUUGGGUUGUGCUAUGAUGUCAUGAAAUCCUGCACUCUGAAGCACAAGCAGUCCUGUGCUGUUGAGAACAUCUAUAUACUUACAAGAAAAGGGAAGAGUAUGUAUCAUUAUUCAAAACUGUCAUGUAUGACCAACUGUGAAGACAUCAACUUCUUGGGUUUUGAAAAGAGGACUGAGCUUAUCUGUUGCAAUCAUAGUAACUAUUGCAACCUCCCUGAGGGACUCUAGUUCUAGAACUUUCCUGGAUUUUGGAUCAUUUUUUAACCCAUGUAAUGGAAUAAUACUCAUCAGGAGAAAGGAAUUAAAUGAAGAAAUGAAAGAAAUUUUACUCUUCUCUUCUAACCAAUAGUAGAGAGGAAGAAGGUGGCUGGCAGUGAAAAGAGAAGCAGGGAGGGCAGCUGCGUCUUAUGAAUGGUGAAGCACUGGACUGAAUCUUUGCAAGACUUAGUUUAAUUUCCUCAUGGUGAUGCUGCUAUGAAUAAGCUCAGACUUGGUCAUUUAUUAUCUGCUAUAUGAAAAAUGUGAAGACUUGGGCCAAAAUAAUCCCAAACUUGUCCUAAGAAUUCUGUGACCCUACUAUCCUCAUUUGCACAUACUCCUCUGGGCUGGGGUUUUCCUAGGGUGGGCCCUAAUACUUUCUGGCACUGUCCUUUUGCCUUUGGGUUCUGGAGAGGGCUGACCCUGCCUUUUCAAUUUUCUGGAAACAAGAACCAAAUCUUUCUCUGGUAGAGCUCUCAGAGGAAUCUUGGGCCAAAAAAACCCACAAAAACACACAAAAAACAAAAAAUGACAGCGAUCAGGAUGAAGCAUUGAAAAAAUUUUAGGGGCAUUUCAGUUUGUAAAAACCAAGAUUUGAGAGGCAAUUUGUUGUGGGCAGAGUUGGUUUGAAUUGUCAUGGCUUUGGCUGGCCAGGUAACCUUGGGCACAUGAUUGAACUAGGUUAUUGGACUGGGAAUGGGGGUGUUGUUGGAGGAUGGCUACUCUGUUCCUUCUCAUGGGAAUGAGAAAAAGAUGCUGAUGAGGCCCAGUAAUUGAAGAUGAUAGAAUGUGCAGGAAUACUGUGAGGUAGUGUUCAAGUAACAGGGUGCCUUGUGUGAGAUAGGGUUCUAAGAUAGAACUACCUCAGAAGUAGUUCUGAGAUAAUAGAAUGGUGAUAGUGGUGGGAAGAGAAGCUGGCAGAUACUGAAUGAGACAAAUAAGCAGAGAGAGACUGAGUAGCAUCAAUGUGGGAGUGGCACAUGGCAGCCAAGAUAGCGAAGCUUCCUUGGAUACAGACUAGUCCUAGCAUUUUUCUCCUUGUGAGGCCUACUGCAGUUCUUGGUCCUGGACUUCCACGAACUUUUUUCCUCUUACAUUAUGACAUAUAAAAUUUUUACAAUGAACCAACCAACCCUUUACUUGGGUAGUUUGGUGAACUCUGUCUUUGUGUCUAAUAAUGCAAUCCCUUCUGAGGCAUUCU